CUUUCUCCCUCACUACCGUCGAACUGAUCACCGGUCUUCCAUUCUCUUUUUUCUUACUUCCUGUCACUCGUUUAACUUGCGAAUCGAUUUCGCAGUUACUUUCAUUCCUUUUCUUGUCUGGAACGAGCUUUGUUUCAAAAAGGCAUUGAUUGCCCCUGUUUCUUUCCAUCAUGUAUUACGCCGGCACGAUUCCUCUCACGCUUCUGGCGGCCUUUGCGGCCCUGGGAGAGGCCAACAGCAACAACGAGAGCCCUAGGGCUUACAACGAGGCUGCUCCGACCUCGUCUGCUAUUGCCUCGCCCUCCCAGUCCUUGCCAGCAUAUGAGGCCGUUCCGGCUUCAUCUUCAGCGUCGUCUGUGCCUGCGCCUGCUCCUGCUCCUGCAUCUCCGUCUACGUCGUCUGCCGUUGUGUCGUCCUCUUCCUCGCAGGCUACCCUUCCGUCUUCUCCCGCGGUGUUCAUUCCUUUCUCCUCGUCUGCUAUCCCAUCGCCUGCUGCCCCAUCGUCUGCUGUCCCAUCGUCGGUUGCUUCGUCGUCCGUCGCUUCGUCGCCCGUUGCUUCGUCGUCUGCUGUCCCAUCGUCCGUUGCUUCGUCGUCCGUUGCUUCGUCGUCUGUUGCUUCGUCGUCCGUUGCUUCGUCGUCCGUUGCUUCGUCGUCCGUUGCUUCGUCGUCCGUUGCUUCGUCGUCGGUUGCUUCGUCGUCCGUUGCUUCGUCGUCCGUUGCUUCGUCGUCCGUUGCUUCGUCUUCCGCCAUUGUGUCGUCCUCUUCCUUGCAGGCUGCUCGUCCGUCCUCUCCCGUGGUGUUCAUUCCUUUCUCUUCAUCUGCUGCCCUGUCAUCGGCUGCCUCGUCUUCUAUAGCUCCAGCACCCGUUGUUUCAUCGUCUGUGGCCUCAUCUGUGGCUUCAUCAUCAUCCAAGGCCGUCUCUCCUUCGUCCUCAUCUAUCCCUCUCCGGACAGGUAGCUCUGGGUACACACCAGCUCCUGUCCAGACUGAGACCAAUGUUGAAACCAAGACGUCGACUCGCGAUGUCACUCUCACAUACACUCUGGGCACUGGUACCUCUACUUCCCUCGUGACGACCACUGUCCAGAAGACUGUCACUCAAGUCCAACAGGUGACCGAAACCCCCGUCGAAGAGCAGAUCAUCACCGUUACCCCAACUCCCAAGGUGGAGUUUAUCACUAUCACGCCUACAGCUGAGGGCUCGACGGAGGAACAGACCAUCACGGCGACUCCAACCCCAGAAGUAAGCACAAUCACGGUCCCUGGAACUGCUCAGAACGAGGCCAAGGAGGAGCCCACUACCACUAUCUCCUCCACUUCUACCAUCACCUACACCGUGUGGGUCGCUCCUUCGACCUCCUCUGCCAUUCCUGGAAACAGUCAGACUGCGGGCGACGAGCAAGCCACUGACAACGACACCACUGGCAAUGGUCAAGCCGCCAACAAUAACAUGGCUGCUGUCACUACCGAAGCUGCAGCUUGCAGUCAGGCCACGGUCACCGUUCAUGAUACCGUUACUUUCCAUGACACCGUUACUGCGCAAGAAACUGUCACUGUGACUGCUACUCCUACUCCCUCGUCGAUUCCCACCCCCGCCGCCUUCUAUGAAAACUCAUCGUCCUCGUCCCCAGCUUCUUCUCCCACUCCCUCUUCCUCCACACCUAUCUCUUCAGCUGCUACCACACCGGUGAUAAUUCCCAGCAGCCGUCCGUACGGCAACGGCACUUGGCCCAUUUCUAACAGCUUCGCGAAACCCUCCAGCUUCAUCACUAGUCGGGCACCUCAAUCUAGUGGCUUCCGUCGUUUCUAGGUGAGCUCUUGCUGGAGUCCGCCUGACAGGUUCUUGAUCUUGAUCUUGAUCGUGACUGUAGUAGUGCUGAUAUGGUACUGAGUGCAUUUCUUUUCUUGUGCCUUUUUUUUUAUAUAUAUAUAUUCGUGAACAUCUUUUACCUGUGGAUGCCACUCUUUAGGUCUUGACUGGCCUUUCUCCUGGGU